AUUGUAUAAAGCCCGUCUCCAUUUCUUGAUUAUAGUUCGUAUAUUUACUUCCGUUGCUAUUCCAAACAUGAAUGCGCUCGUCAUGAACGAUUACAAUUCAUCAUAAACAACCGAUUUAUUGAUAACAGGUGGGAACAGGAUGUGGCUGUGCUGUGCUGUCUAUUUCUCCCUGUUUGUUUCGAUUUGGAGUUUUUCACUGUCUGGUUUGAGUGAUGUGUAUCGAGAGAGUAAGAGUGACACCGUGGACAAUUUCAUCUAUCUCUACGAUGUACACACAUACGCAAAAGACACAUCGUUGACCUAUAGCUAUGUGAACUCGUCAGCCUUUGUAACUAUUCCAAUGGAACAAGGUGGAUCUGUGACUGAAUUCACGACUUGGCAGGACAACUCAACAGGAACCCCCUCUCCUACAUCCACACUUCCCCAACUCAAGGUCACACAGACGUGGGAGGUAUACAAUGUGGCAAAAUCCCCAGACACUGUCCUCGUUUCCAUGGUGAUCAGUAACCCAAGCACAGUCACUGCUUACAAUGUGACUGUGGACUUUGAUUUCAGCAGCGGAAUGUUGGCAGACUACUCCACGAUGGAAGUAAACACAACAUUUUCGUCCGAGAUCACUUCACUUUCUGCGUCGAAACUAUUUAAGUGGAACCCCGGAAACAUCCUAGCAUCUGAGGAAAGAUACUUUCGAUUCGUUGCAUACCCCUCAGGAACUAAUGGUGGAGAUUUGUUUUCAGGAUACAAUGUAUAUACAAGUCAGCUGUAUUUUCAGUCCACUGUUUUGACUUCUACAGCAGGGCCUGUCAGUCUUAGUAUGUGUAUCUAUGGAAACAGAAAUGUAGCAGAAAGUAUAAUCUACCAGCAUGGCUUUACAGCGCUGAUGUUUUUUGUGGCUUUUUUUCUCGGCAUUGGAUUGGUGAUUGGAGCUGUUUGUUUAUUUUUGAUGAUCAAACGAAAGCGAUCUGUAGAAAAUCAGAGCUUCACUAAGGCGAACCUGAGGAUAUCAACACGACGGAAGACAUUGCUAAUGGAAGACAAAGAUAUUGACAAGACGGGGCACACCAUCACUGACUUCAGUAAUGUCAACGAGGAGGACUCUAUUGUGGAGGUUCUGGUGGUGAAAGACAAACUAAAACGCUUCAGGGAGCUGGACAACCUUGACAUAGUGUGUACAGUAAAGACAGACACUGACAUCGAGACUCAGCGGACUGGUGCUUCACUGCAGGCCACGGCCAUGCUCAUCAGAGGAUUAAUCUACAACAGGGACAUUAACCCCCAAGUCUACGACACAGCCGACAAAAACAUGAAGCAGCGCACACUUCUGCUGGAUUCCAACCUCAACGAUGAAUUUCAGAAGCAGAAUAAAAAACUCCGAAAGAAGCUGGCUGCUAAAAAUAAGGCCAAACUGUCAAGAACCUUGCAGAAGCAGAGAGACGAGAAGAAGAAGCUUGUCAGCAAUAUAGCGGACCUAGAGGAUGAUGAGAGACAACAGUUAUUGAACAUGAUGGACCAGGAACACCAAACACAGCUUGAUGAACAGGAAUUUCUCCUCAAACUGGAACAAGAUGAGGAGACAGAGAACCUCAGAAAGGAGUUUGCUGUGAGGAGAAGGAUGGGGAUGAAGGAGAUAGAACAGGACUUGCUGGGGGACGUUAUACAGCAGGGCCACCUAGUGGGUGAGAAAGCUGAGUGGCUGCUGGAGGAACACCGCAAGGUUCAGAGCCAGAUGGAGAAGAUGUAUGAUGAAGAGGUGGCGAGGCAGAGGUUCAUUUUAGAGGAGAAGUUGGAGAAAAGAAAGGCCCUGGUCAAAAUUGAGGAACAACAAGAGGAUGAUACCAGCGACAUAUUGAACACCAUGGCCAGUCACCAGAUAGAAUUGAUCAACAAAGCAAAAUCUAAAAAAAUAGGGGGGUUGACCUCAGAUGAAGCCGCGGAGCUGAUUUCAGCCGCAAAGUCAGACAUGGUAGCCCUGAAGGAACGACUGGACAAAGAUCGACAGAAACAGGAAGCUGCCCUUUCCAAAAAACUCAGGGAUAUGAAGCGUAAAAGGAUGAACCAGCUGAAAUCUGAACAAAAGGCUGAGAUGGACAAUGUACUGAAGAGCAUUGAGACCCAGACAGAGGGACCUAUAGAUCCUCUGAUGUGCAUUGAGACAAAACUCAGACUGGAAUCAAAGCACCGAGAGGAGCGAAAUCAAGAAGAGAGUCAGAUUGAUGAAAAUCAUGCAGAACAACUCCGUGAGCUCAACGAUCAACUGACAGAUCAUGCUAAGGACGGGAUGGUUCAAGCUGAAAAGAACGUGGUCAAAAAGAUAGGAGAAAUUAAUAAUGUCUCCAUGGACCAGUAUGAUAAACUGAUGAGUCAGCAUGAAGAGGAGGUGACCCGUUUACAGGCUCAACAGAAACGGGCGCAGGAGAAACAAAUAGCUCACUUACAGGAAAAGCUUGCCCGGUCCAAGGAGGAGUGGAAUCAGAGGAAAGAACAGGAGCGUGUAGAACAGGAGGAAAUACGGAAACGUGAGGAUGAGGUCGUCAAGAAGCUGUUGAGUGGUCAAAUGUCCAUGUCCGAGGAGGAGCGGGACAGAAUCCUGAAGGAGCACGAGAAACAGAUGGUCAAAGUAGAGAACAGUUUAACGCUGAACAAGUUAAGGCAGAAGCGGAUGUUGGAGGAUAAACUGGCAGCAAAGCGAGCUCUUCAGAUGGAGAAGUUAGAGAAGAAACAGUCCCAAGAAUACGAGAAAAAGAUGAGACAAAUUGAACACAAUGGUGAAGAAUCAGAUCCUGAGAACCAGAGAGAAAAACUGGAGUUAAUGAGGAACCAGUUUAACCAGAAAAUGGCUGUUCUCCAGGGUCAAAAACUCAACAUUGAUGAUGAACUGGAGAAUGUGAAAAUAGAAAUGUUGAAAGAAAGAGCACUAGCUCUGAAAGAUCAAGAGGAACAGCUAGGGGCAAUGGUAGCAGCACUACAGGUCGCCAAAGCCAAAGAGCUGGCCCUUAUAGAAGAACAACAGGCUGCCAUCAAUAACUUAAAGUCCAAUCUGAUAGAUGAACUAAGUGAGCGGGGUAUUUUGUCUGAUCCAGAGUGUCAGAAGGUUCUGGACCGGCACAAACAGGAUCAAGAGCAACUCAAUAAAAAACUGGAGAGUCAGAGAAGCAAGCAAGAGAAGGAAUUACGGAAGAGACUGAAAGAAAAAAUUGAGCAGAAAGAGGAAAUAAUGAACCGAGCUCACAAGAGGGAGAUUGAGGAACUUUUGUCAAAGUCCAAGAACAAAACAGCACUGAAGAUUAAACAGGCAUUGCUGGCUCACAAACAUCUGAUAGAGAUGGAAAAAUUCAGGAAUAAUUUGGACAGACAGAUUGCUCAAACCCUGGAGGAUGUGAAGCAGCAGUUUGAGAUCAGAAAAGCCAAGGAGACCCAACAAGAGGAGUUAAAAUUUAUUGCUGGUCUGGUUCGUGUCGGUUCCUUUGACCAGGGGGAGCUGGUGGACGUCCUGCAUCUUCUUUAUCCACAAAAAACUGACACAGAAAUCAACACAGUCAUGAAGGAAAUUUUCGAUCCUACAUUCAAACCCGCUCAACAAGAUGUACCUCCUUUGUCCCGUAAGAACAGUACCCUGACGGAGAGAGUCCGCAGCAGUCAAAAUCUGGAGAUCUCCAGAAGGGCCUCCCUAUCCUCCAGAGUUGAAGAAAACACUAGAUCACAGAGAAAGCACUCCUCCAAGAAAUCUCGACGUUUCAGUGACCAGGACACAGACUCAUUUUCUAGACCUCUACCCAAUAUCCCUCAAAGAAGAUCCUUAAGGAAGCUGGAAGAGAACAGAGAGUCAGACUCUGAUGAAUACUCGUAUUUGGAUAAACGGCCUGAACCUAUAGGAGAAGUGGUAGAGGCACGGCGAGUGGAAGAUUUUGGUUCCCUGCAUAACACCAUCGUACCAUCUAAACUACCUCCACUAGAGUCCAAAGUACAAAAGAAGGGUGGAAGAAAGAAGAAGAAGAAGGUUCUGCAGAAACUAGUCCACAACGAGAGUGAUGGCGAGUUAUAAUAUACUUAACAAGUGUUUUAACGAGAUAUUCUCUUCCAUCGAUCCCUGUCACCUAGUUAAUACCCGCUAUUCUUUUUGAUGUUUUAUCAGAAUGGUCAAUGUAGUUUUCGUUUAGAGUUACAUCGUACACAUUAUUGAUGUAUUAAUUCAUGUUGUAUUCUCUAUUUUGAUUGGUGGAUACGAAUUUAGUGAGAUGGUUUUUACUUUUUACUUGAUUUAUGUCUUGCGCACGUUUAUCUGAGUAAGUCAAUUUACACAUUUGAUUUUAUAUUCACCGGGUAUUAUUCAUAUAAUUAUGACCAAUAUACUUUGAUUUAACUACAGUCUUUUAAUUAAUGUGGCAGCAAUAUUUCUCCUUUAUGCGAGGAUGUUUCAUUUUUACAAAGACAAGGGUUUACAGUAAUAUCGGUAUUAUAAACAAAUAUAGGAAGAAGAAAAAAACGAGAGAAAAAAUCAAUGAACAAUACAAGAAACACUGAUAGGAACCGAACAGAAAAACUGGAAUAUGAACUUUAUAAUUACAGAAUCACUUAUUGGUACAAUACAAAAACACUAGUAAUAUGAAUUUUACAAGAAUAUGAAUAGGAACAAUACCAAAAUACUAAUAUGAACUUGACAAAACACUAAUAGCAACAAAAUAAAAAAAAUGAUAUGAGCUUUACAAAAACACUAAUAGCAACAAAAUAAAAAAAAAUGAGAUGAGCUUUACAAAAACACUAAUAGCAACAAAAUUUUAAAAAAUGA